UGUGGAUCACAAUCGCAUUCCAUUCUCUCUCAUUACAUAUUUAUUAUAUCUUGGUACCUGUAUAGACAUCUUGAUUCACUGAAACAAGCAUCAAUUGCACACAAUAUUAAUACUCGUCAUUCAAUUACAGCUCUUCAGGCGCCCAAUCCAGGGUCGCCAAGUCGCAUAGCCACCAUGACAAACUCUGGGCAACCUUCCUAUAAUGGCACAGAUACCGAACCCUUUCCAAGCCUCGAUAAUGCGUCACCAAACCCCAACCAUACAAACAUAAACGCCGACUCUUCAUCUCUCGUUGAGAAUCGUCCAGCGGCCUCUUCAUCUUUGAGUGGUCGUCUCCGCAGAGUCUCCCAAAGUUUCGAAGUUUCCGGCCCCCCUGAAGGGUUUAUGGCCGCUACAGGAACCAUCGCAGCAUCCAUAUUCUCGCGACAGACUGUGGCGCGAAGGCCAUCAGACACCUCGAUACCGAUGCAAACAAGCCAGUCCCUUGGGGACACUUCCAGACAGAGCACAUUCCCAGCUGUCAACGAAGAGCCGCCCGAAGAGAAGACGAAUGCAAGCGUCGCGUCCCCCAGGCGAAACUUGACUGGUGAGCCUGCCGCCGCGGCUCCUUUCGACAAUGGAUAUCAUUUCCCACCAAAGCAUUCGUUUGGACAGUCGACGAAACUUGGACUGAUCGCUUUCUGGAACUAUGUACGAACACCAACCGGCUUUCUUGUUACACUAUACGGUCUGAACGUCGUUGCGUGGGGCGGAAUGCUUUUCUUGCUGCUUUGCAAUGCUUCACCCGCGAUGUGUGUUCCGACUUGCAACGACAUCAACUCCCCCAGGCGCAAGUGGAUAGAGUGGGACUCCCAGAUUUUGAAUGCUCUCUUCUGUGUUACAGGAUUUGGUCUUGCUCCAUGGCGCUUCCGUGAUCUGUAUUUCCUGCUUCAGUAUCGGUUCCAGAAGAAGGAGGUUGCCCUUCGACGAUUGGCAGGCAUUCACCGAGGAUGGUUCCGUCUCCCAGGGUCCGAUCAGAUUGAUCCUCAAAUAGGGCCCCAUAAUAUUUCGUCUGCGCCUGAACUAGCCUCAUCACUCGCCUGCCCGUUUCCCGAAGACAAGAUUCCCGACGCUCCGCUGACUGGCGUGCGCGCCCCGCCAACACCCAUCACGAGAAUGGACGCCGUCAUCUGGCUGAUGGUAUGGAACACGUUUCUGCAGUGCGUCCUGUCCGGAUUCAUGUGGGGCCUCAACCGUUACGAUCGUCCCAGUUGGUCUACAGGUCUUUUUGUAGCACUGGCUUGUAUUGUCGCGGCCAUUGGAGGGCUUGUCAUGUUUCUCGAGGGGAAGAAAGUUAAGGGCAUUGAAGGUGUCCCCAUUUCAGAAGAAGACCAGAAGCUACUACAACAAGACCGGGAACGUGGUGUGUGGCAUUACAACAAUAUCAAGGACAAAGACUUGGCUGCUGAGGAAGCAAAGAAGAAGAAAAAGGCAAAGAAGUGAUACUCUUGUUGCAUAUCUGUUCGACAUGUCCAGGCGUAAAUAGCAAAUCUUAGUUAGCUAAUGAUUAUAAUAGGUGGUUUCACUAAUUUCAUACAUGUGCGCUUUACAGUAACAACAGGUGUUGGGUGUAAGCUUGCCGAUAGAGUAACCAUAUCGUGCAUAUAUAAAAUAAUUUGGGAUACAAUAUCGAAUUACCUACCUUAGCUAUUCUUAGUGAUAUGUACGUUCACGGAUGGUUGUUUGUGUAUGUGACAAACUGCACUCGAUGAGGCUACC